AUGGAGGAGCAUCUGUACCCUUUCACCAUUGGCGCUGUCCCAAGCUGGGAAUCUGGAUACUUUAAAGGUCGCAGCGGCGUACGGUGCGGACCUUCACAUGCGCUUUCCUUAUCACUUAUGCGACCAGGCGUUGGGCAUUUGGGGAUAAAGUCCACGAUAUCGACCGCGGGCCGGAGAUGGCUGAAGACGAUGAAAAGCACGACUAGGCUUGGGCUGCUCCGUUACAUGUUGCAUCCAUGCAGGGCCGAUACGAAAUCGUCGAAUGGCUCAUCGAGUAGGGCGUUAACCUGGAGAAUCCUGGGCGAUAUCUCUGCGGAUGCGUCCCUAUUAUUCGUCGCCCAGUCCCCCCACUUGAGGAAGACGACUACCGGCCAGCUUUGA